AUGAGCACACACGAUUGGAAGGUAUCGGUAACUACAUUCAAUUGUGGUAAAGAGUUCCCUGUUGAAAAUUCAAAAGCUAUCGUUAAGCAAUUGCUUUUCCCCUACGAUGAUGGCAUUUCACAGUUAGAACUGCAGGAUAUUUACGUUUUGGGGUUCCAAGAACUAGUGCCAAUAUGGCAAGGUUCGUUCCCCGCUGUUAACCGUGAUUUAAUUGACAAGAUCACGGCCACUGCAAUUGAUUGUUUAAAUGAGAAAGUUAUAGGUAUCCGGGGGGGUGAACAGUAUUCGUGUUUAGGGGUGAAUAGCCUUGGAGCCAUCACCAUGAUAAUCCUAUACAACAAUAAUAAGCUGAAGGUGAGAGAAGAUGUUUUGAAGAGAAACGGCAAGUGUGGUUGGUUUAGUACACAUUUGAAAGGUGGUACUUUGAUUAGCUUUAACAUGAAACACAAUGGCGAUGAAAAUUGGGAAAGAUUUAGCUUUAUUUGUGUUCAUUUAAAUGCGAACGAAGGUGCAAAUAAUAGGAACCAGAGAAUAAAUGACUACAAACGGAUCAUGAGCGAAGUGUGCGAUUCCGCAAUUGUUAAGAGUGACCACUUCUUCUUCUUAGGUGAUUUGAAUUUUAGAGUUACUAGUGCUUAUGAUUCAGCCACUGAUUACUCUUCUGCGACAACAUUGAGGCGCCUAUUGGAAAACAACGACGAGUUGAAUCUGCUACGUAAGAAAGAGGAUGAACCGUUGUGUAGGGGCUUUCACGAAUUGGAGAUAAAGUUCCCACCGACUUUCAAGUUUAAAGUGUUCGAAAAGGAAACGUAUAACACUAAAAGAAUCCCAUCAUGGUGUGACCGAAUUCUAUAUAAAACGUAUGCGACACCUAGGUUAGAACAAGGAGGUACAUAUCAUUCUGUACCAAGAUCCAAUGCUCUGAUAUUUAGCGAUCAUCAGCCUGUCAAUCUUACGGUGAAAUUACCGAGGUCUACUGGGGUAACAGAACCUUCAUUGUUACCCAUCGAAAGGUAUCGUUUGGGAUGGAGUUCUAAUCUAGUUGGAAAAAUUGGCGAUGUUGUCAUUGGAUACUGUGGUUGGCUAAUAACUAAGAACGCACAUUAUUGGAUAUUGGGUUCUGUAUUGCUAUAUCUACUGAUAAGAAUCCUCUAG